AUGGAAAACUUGAUUGUUAAGGGUUUUGUGCAUGAGAGCAAGAGUCCAUGCGUUGUUCUAGCAUUGCUAACACCAAAAAAAGAUGGAUCAUGGAUGAUAUGUGUGGACAGUCGUGCCAUCAACAACGUUAUAAUAAAAUACGGGUUUCCUAUCCCUCGAUUAGAGGACAUACUUGAUAUGUUAGUGGGGUCCAAGGUGUUCUCCAAAAUAGACUUGAGAAGUGGGUAUCAUCAUAUUCGUAUAAGCAGUGGUGAUGAAAGGAAGAGAGCCUUCAAAACUCCAAAUGGACUUUACGAGUGUUAUACAAGUAAAGAGCCUUUAGUCCAUUUAGACCAAGUCAUGGAGUUUCUCCGUAAGGAGAAGUUAUCUACAAAGAAGACACCUUUUGAAGCUGCUUAUGGACUAAAACCUCAACAUGUUCUUGAUCUAGUUCCACUACCACAAGAGGUAAAAGUGAGUGAUGAUGGAGAGGCAUUUGCAGAUCAUAUUAAAGGAGGGUAUGAAGAACUAAGGACAGCGAUAAAGGCUAGUAAUGAAUCCUAUGUAACAACAGCCAGGAAAGUCAAAGAUUUUAAAGAGGGUGACAUGGUUGUGGUGCAUUUGAAGCUGGAAAAAUCCCCAAAAGUCACUUACCAUAAACUAAAGUCAAAGAAGUUUGGGUAA